GUUACCAGUUUACCAUGAUGAGAUAAGAACGGGAAGGAAGGAGAAGACAGACAAUCAAAAUCAACCCAACUGCUCUAUUCCUAUAUAAAUUAAACAAAAUACUCCGCACUUUAUUCCUACCUACAUACAGACUCUCCAAUUUCAAAACCGUCUGCUCUACUUCUCCAACUCCUCCUCUUUCGUCAUCUUCAACCUCACUUUCUCUCUCCAGAUUUUUACCAGAAGCGAAGAUGUGUUGCUGUCCGAGCAAGGUUUGCAUGCUCUGUAGUUGCCUCGUUAUCGUCGUCGUCACCAUCGGGUUUCUCUUCGGAUUCGGCGUCUUCAAGAACGGUUUCCACAAAUUGAAGCAUACUAUCGAUGUUUCUCAGCCUGUAGGUUAUAAUUACGAUGGCAAUUAUCUCGUUGCUCCUCCCCCUUUUUUCUAGGCUUUUAUUUGAUUUUAUUUCAAUAGAAAUGUGAAUUUCUUUAGUUGAAUUCUUUUUCAGAAUUGCGUUCUGAAUAUUUCUGGUUUUUAUGGAUCUCUUUCCUUAUUGUGAUUGAUUAUUGAUUCAUUUUAAUUUGUUCAUUGUUUGGUA